AUGAAUGAAAUGAUUAGGACUAAAUUGAUGAAAAGGAUUCAAAGAAAAAGGGAUGCAACACCAGAGGAAGUCGCAAGACUCAUAACAGGACCACGAGAAAAUCUUUCACAGAUGAAAACAAGUAGCAGGUCUUUACAUGAAUAUGCAGCUGACAAUGAAGUUAUCAAGAAGACGAAAUCCUUACAUGAACUCCUUUGUUUAAACCCUCAAGCAGCAGGUCCUUCUCGACAGAAGACUUCCAAAUCCCAGGCUGCAAGAAAAGCUCCAGCUAAAAGAUAUAAAACUUCAGUUCCGACUCCAUCUCGAGCAGCAAAUUCAGCUCAAGGACCAACAAAUUCAGCUCAAGGACCAACAAAUUCAGUUGCAAAUCCUGCACCAAUUCCAGCUCCAGCACCGCCUCGUUCACUUCUUAAGUUGAAAGCUCCUAUUCCACCCAAGGCUACUUCUUCUUCAAAUGUUUCUUCUAAGAAAAAGAGGGUUUGGAUACCACCUGGUUUUGGAGAUAAAACAAAUUAGGUUUUAAUAAAAAUUAUAUUUUUGCUAUGUAAUACCCACUUUUGGCACAUGGUAUGUCUGCCAAGUAGUUUACUUUUGUAGGGAUGAAUUAAUUUUUUUAAAAUUUUGUAAGUGGGUAGACACAACUACAUUCUGUCUUUUUGUGGGGAUGAUUAAAUUUUGUAUUUUGGCUAUGUAGGGUAUCACUUGUCACAGUAUGUGCCUUAUAUUUUGGAGGAUGCUUUUAAGCAUAUAGUGAUAUGUUAAUGAUUUAGUCUGAA